AUGAAAUCAUUAGCAGCUAAAAUCAUUGCUGAUAAAGCAUAUAUUGGUGAAGAAUAUGUUAUUACUCAAACGAAAAAACCACAGGGACGUAAAUUAAUGGACGAAAACAAGAACUACAAUCGUGAUAUCAUCAGCGCACGAGAAGCCAUCGAAAACAUUAACCAAAGACUUGAAACAUAUGCUGUUUUGAGAAAUGCCUGCAAAGGAGCUAUCGAUGAUUUGAAUAAAAAUUACAAAGACCGUGUAAGUUGUUUCAGCUCUCUGCAAUAUCAAAUUACAAAAGCAUCCCAUUCGUAA